UCAACACCGUCGCCAUCAUCAUCCCAACCGAAUCCAUCAUCGAAACCCUAGUUUUGGAACCCCACACCACAUCAACCCUUCCACUUCUCCAUACUUGUCUUCCACGCUCAGCUUUUUUUCUGUUCUCUCUCUUCUUCCCUAAUUCACGCCCGGAGAUGGGUGUCAUGGCUGGUUCUGCAGCACCUCUUCUUGAGCGGUCUUAAACUCGAGGUUAUUUGUCUUCAUGGUGGGUUGAUCCAGAGAGGAAGAUGGGUUGCUGCGUUUCUGCCGAGAAACGCGAUGGUUCGUGCAUGAAACUGACUAUGUCGAUGGCGGCCAAGGCCAAGAAGCUUGUUAUGAUGUCUGAGAAGAAGGGGAAGACCGUCGCGAACAGGGAGAACGGGGUCGUGGAGCUAGCGGCCAAGGGGCAGAAUGGAGAACGUGGCAUUAGUUCCGACGGGUCGUCUCGGAGAGAACGGAGUGAUGGUAGUAGAGACGCGGCUUUCUUUGAUUCCCUAGCUUGGUUGGAGUCUGACUGUGAUGAUGAUUAUUUUAGUGUCAGGGGAGAUUUUACCCCAUCCAGGGGAAACUCUUUGAAUUACCAUGGGAGCACACCUGGGACACCCCGGCCCACUUUGGCUUCAAUUGUCAGUAGAAUGUCUGAUAUCAAAGCGGAAAUAUCUCCAACUAGUAAGAGAAAGAAACUGGCAGAUCUUUUCAAGGAAACCCAGGAAAAAGAUGAUGAUGCUGGUGAUGUCUCAUUGCCUUUACAGCCUUCAUCUAUUAAUCGACAGAUGGUUGACAACGAGCAGCCAAAUGUCGAUGAAACAAAACCACUACCACCAAAGGCAUUAGUUCGAACACCUGUUCCGUUUGAUGCUAACUCCAGUAGCAACAGUGUACCAACUACAGAUUUUAUGGAUUUAAAGGUUGGGAACAGAAAGGGAGCCAAAGAAAGUCAGUGCUGCAUGCCAAAAAUGUUGCCUGGUCUUAGCUUCAAUGAGAAGAAAAUGCUGCCAAGUCCUGUCCUGAUGAUAGAAAAUAAGGCGUAAAUCCUUGUAGAGGUGUACGGGCACAAGUCUCAGGUGAAGUUUCUAUGAAGUUUAUGGAACUGAUAAUGCCAGGGACUAGGACUGAGCAGCAUGUAUAGUACAUGAGGUAUCAACAAAUAGACGAUACAUGUAUCUGAAAACAUGUAAGUCGUUUUAUGUAAAGUGUAUAUGCACUGUUUUUUUAUUGAAUGAGCUCUUUUAUCCGCAAAUAUAUUUUCUUAUGUAAUUAUACAGACUGUUGAAUCCACCUCAUAUUUUGGUCCUUUUUCUA